AUGGGUGAUCUGUACGACAUUUCAAAAGCACAAAAAAAGAAAGUUGUACAAGAAGAAGAUCAAGAUAAUAGUAUAUUAAAAGAAGCAAAACGUAUUGAAGAAGAAAAUUAUGAACAGGCAAAGGAUAUUAGAAUGCAGUUAGGACAGGCAGCAAUUGAACAAAAACAAGCCUCAGAUGAAUUUAGAAGACAGGGGGAAGUUCUUGACAAUGCAAAAAAGAGUGCUAUAAAUGUACAUAAAGAAGCAAAAAAAGGCGAAGAAUUGGCUGAAGAUAUAGAAAGGGAAGGUUCUAUUUUUAGUUGCCGGUUUGCGUGUUUUGAUAGGUUUUGUAGGUGGUUAAAAGGAGACAGUGGUAGUCAGGAAGUAGAAGAAAUUGAAUCUAAAAAAUAUGACUAUGAAGAGGCACCUCCUGUUCAAGAAGAAGAAUUUCAUCCUGGUGAAGAAUUUGUACCUGGACAGAAUAAUACAGAUAAAGAAUUGGUGGGAAUAUUGAAUACAGUUAAAGGAAUAAAACAAGAAGCAGAAUUACAGAGUAGAGAAGCCGCUAAACAGAAAUCUACUAUUAAAGAUAUUAAUAGGGUUACAGAGCAAAGUGAAAAAGUUAUUAAAAAGACCGAUGAGCACUUAAAAGAAAUAGAUUAA